UUGUGCAGCAAGGAGCCUCGUCCGUUGAGCGUGGAGAGCGAAAGUAUCAGGGAGCGAAUAAGAGCCGCCAUCGGUUCGCAGACACAGUCUAACGUGAAUGUGCUGUCUUCACUGCAUGCGGUUCUGGACGAUCUGGGGUAUAUUCCGCAGGAGGCUAUCGAAGAGGUUGCCGACCAGAUGGACACGACCAUCAACGAGGUGUGGGGCGUCGCGUCCUUCUACACGAAUUUCAGGUUUACGCCGCCCGGCGACAACAUCGUGGAGAUAUGCUGGGGACCGACAUGCCACCUGCUCGGCGCGCCUGACAUCCUGGAUGCGGUGCAAAAGGAGCUUGGGCUUGCCGACGAGGGCGAGACCGAUGACAACCGAGUCAGCCUGAAAUACAACACCUGCCUCGGAGCGUGCUCUCAGGCUCCGGUGAUGAUGGUGAAUCAUCGGCUCACAGGGCGCAUCGAUGUCGGAACGGCUGUGCGGCGCGUUGCGGGACUAGAAGCAGGUGGCGCACACUGA